AAAAGACACGGAACGCGGAACGCGCGGAACGGGCAGCGCAUGGGCCGGGGGGGGGCGGCCGGGGGGGGCGGCCGGGGCUGCUGCCCGGGCCCCCCCGGAGCCACGAAGCCCCCCCACUCCCCCCCGUGCCCCGGCGGCCCCGCAGGGGUUAACGGGCCGGGGGGCGGGGGAGGAGGAGGAAGAGGAGGCGGCACCGGGGGGCAGCGGCUCCUUCGCUCCGGCCGCGAUCACCGGGACCGGCAGCGCCGGGGGGGUCCCGGCGCCAUGAAGCUCCCCCCGGAGCCCCCGGACCCCGCCAUGAAGCCCCCGGGCGCGGUGGGGACGCUGCUGCGGGCGCUCGGUCGCCGCGAUCGCACCGACACGCCCCCCGCACCCCACAGCUUCCGGGAGAAGACGUUCCGGCGGGGGGGGGCCUGUGCCGCCUGCCGGGAGCCGCUCGGUCCCCAGGGCCUCGUCUGCAGAGUGUGCAAGGUCACCAGCCACAAGAAAUGCGAGACCAAGGUGACGUCGUCUUGCCACGCGCUGCCCCCCCCCGAGCUGAGGAGGAACACGGCCCCCCCCGCGCGCCGCAGCGAGCACCUGGGCUCCACCAAGUCCCUCAACAGCCCCCGGCAGCGGAACACGCUGCCCAGGAGCUGCAGCCUGGAGCAGGUGCUGGAGCGGCGGUUCGAGUGCGACCUGACGUACGUGACCGAGCGGAUCCUGAGCCUGCGCUUCCCGGCCGCGCUGGACGAGCCGCGCUACCGCGGGCACCUGCGCGACGUGGCCGCCCUGCUGGGCAGCCGCCACCGCGACCGCUACAUGCUGUUCAACCUCUCCGAGAAGCGCCGGGACAUCUCGCACCUGAACCCCAAGGUGCAGGACUUCGGGUGGCCAGACCUGCACGCCCCCCCCUUGGACAAGCUGUGCUCCAUCUGCAAGGCGCUGGAGGCCUGGCUGCGCGCCCACCCCCAGCACGUGGCCGUGCUGCACUGCAAGGGCAGUAAAGGCAAGACGGGCGUCAUCGUGGCAGCGUACAUGCACUACAGCAAAGUGUCCGCCAGCGCUGACCAGGCCCGGACCCUGAUGAUGAGGAAAUUCUGCGAGGAGAAGGUGGCGGCGCUGCAGCCGUCCCAGCGCAGGUACAUCGCGUAUUUCGGGGGGCUGCUCGGGAGCAUCCGCAUGAACAGCAGCCCCGUGUUCCUGCACCACGUGCUGCUGCCCGCGCUGCGCGGCUUCGAGCCCGGACACGGCUUCCAGCCCUUCCUGAAGAUCUACCAGUCCCUGCAGCUCGUCUACACCUCGGGGGUCUACAGCAUCUCCGGCCCCGGCCCCCAGAGUCUCUGCGUCAACCUGGAGCCCGCGCUGCUGCUCAAGGGGGACGUGAUGGUGAAGUGCUACCACCGGCGCGCGCGCGGCGCGGGCGGCACGCGUGUCCGCGCGCAGUUCCACACGUGCACGCUGCAGGGGGCGCGGCUGCGCCUGCGCAAGGACGAGCUGGACGACGCCUGGCACAGGUGGGGGGACGAGCGCUUCCCCUUCGACGCCACCGGCGAGUUCGUCUUCUCCUCCGGCCCCGAGAAGAUCAAAGGGUGGGAGGCCCCGCGCAGCCCCCCCGCUGUCAGCGUGGACCUGAGCGUCGGGGACCCCGCGGUGCGCUGGGACUCGUACGAGGGCUUCAACCUGCGCCACCAGGACAGCCUGGAGGAUGUGUCGCACGCGCGGGGGCCGCUGGACGAGCCGUACGCGCGCGUGCAGAGGCCGCGGGCGCCCAGCCCCCCCAGCCCCCCCAGCCCCGGCUGGGCCAGCGCCCCCCCGACCCCGCCCGGCGGCCGCGGGACCCCCCCGGCCCGGCCGCCCCCCCCCACCGCCGCCGAGCGGCAGGAGCUGGAGCGGGGGAGCGGCUGCUGGGGGGGGGCGGCGGGCGGGAGGGGUCCCGCCGGGGACAGGGAGACCCCGAUUCUGGAGGACGAGCACCCAGCAGCGCCCCCUGCGGCACCCCCGUGUCCCACGGGAACACGGCACCCUACGGGACCCCCACAUCCUACGGCACCCCAACGUCCCAUGGGUCCCCGGCGUCCCACGGCACCCCAACAUCCCAUGGGACCACAGCGUCCUAUGCGUCCCCAGCAUCCCAUGGCACCCCAACAUUCCAGGGGUCCCCAGCGUCCUAUGGGACCCCAAUACUAUGGGUCCCUGAUGUGCCACGGGACCCCAACAUUCCAGGGGACCCCAACGUCCCAUAGGAGCACAGCUCUCUAUGGCCCCCCAGCACCCCACAGCCCCCCGGCCCCCCCGCUUUGCCGCCGGGCCAGCCUGGCCCCGCCCUGCUCCUGCCACCCCGCUAUGGGGCCGAGGGUGGCCUGGGGGGGCCCGGGGGGGGCGAGAAGCGGGGGGUGCAGCGCUCGCUCUCCGAGGGGCUCCCCCCGUGUGGCUACGGGCGCCGGGGGGGGGGCUGCCUGCUGCUGGAGGAGCUGCCCCCCCCCUGCCCCUGCCCGGACUGCCAGGGCCCCCCCCCCAUUUACGGGAUGCACCUGGAGCGGGGGGGCGAGCGCUGGGGGGGGUCCCCUCGCCCUCCGGCCCCCGGCGAAGCGCUGGAGCCCCCCCCGUGCCCCCGCUGCGGCCGCUCCGGGUCGGGGGGGGCACGGGGGCCCCCCCGGGACCCCUACGGCAACGUGGGCUACGACCCCCCCGCGCUGGAGGCCCGCGAAGGCUACGGGAUCCCCGGGCAGCCCGACCCCCCCGAGCGCAGGAGCCCGGGCGAGGGGGGGCCCUGGCGCGGGACCCCUGAGGUGCCCCCCCCGCUGCAUCAGCCCCCACGGGACCCCGACCCCCCCGACGCCCCCAGCACCCUCCGGCGGGGCCCCGCCGAGCCGCCCCCCCCCAGCAGUGCCCACGGGAGCACGGGGGAGGUGCCGGGCUCCCCCACCCCCGCCUUCCCCCCCCCCCGCCGCCUACUGUGCCCCCCCCUCCCCGCAGCCCCCCCUGCCCGAGAAGCGCCACCCCCCAGCCCCGGGGGGUCCCCGAGACCGCGCGUCGCCCCCCCAAACACACAGCUCCCCGGGGGGGGGCGCCCACGCGUGCCAGGGCCCCCCCGAGCCGGACGCGCCCACGGGCGUCACUUUCGUGCAAGACACGUCCAAGUUCUGGUACAAACCCGGGCUGUCCCGGGACCAAGCCGUGUCCCUGCUCAAGGGCCGCCCCCCCGGCGCGUUCCUGGUUCGGCUCAGCAGCAGCUUCCCCGGCGCCUACGGGCUGGCGCUCAAGGUGGCCGCGCCCCCCCCGCGCUGCCGGCCCCCCCACAACGGGGACCCCCAGGAGCAGCUGGUCCGACAUUUCCUGAUCGAGACGGGACCCCGGGGGGUGAAGAUCAAGGGGUGUCCGGACGAGCCCCAUUUCGGCAGCCUGCCGGCGCUGGUGCUGCAGCACUCCAUCACCCCCAUCUCGCUGCCCUGCGCCCUGCGCAUCCCCAGCAAAGACCUGCUGGAGGAGACUCUGGAGGGGCCCGGCCCCCCCAACAUGAGCACGGCGGCCGACCUGCUGCGCCAGGGAGCCGCCUGCAGCGUGCGCUUCCUGGGCUCGGUGGAGACGGAGUCGCUGACGGGGCCGCAGGCCGUGGCCAAGGCCGUGGCAGCGUCCCUGGGGGGGCCCCCCCGGCCCCCCCCCUGCACCGUGCACUUCAAGGUGUCGGCCCAGGGCAUCACCCUCACGGACAGCCAGCGCAAGCUGUUCUUCCGCCGUCACUACCCGGUCAGCAACGUCACCUACUGCAGCAGCGACCCCCAGGACCGCAGGUGGACGAAUCCCGAUGGCACCACCUCUAAGAUCUUCGGCUUCGUGGCCAAGGUGGCAGGGGGGCCGGGGGGGGGCAACGCGUGUCACCUGUUCGCGGAGCUGGACCCCGAGCAGCCGGCCAGCGCCAUCGUCACCUUCGUCACCAAGGUCCUGCUGGGCACCCACCGCAAGUGACCCCCCCGGGGCACCCCCGCAAGUGACCCCCCCGGGCCCCCCCGCCGUGGGGCAGAGAGCAAGGGGGGGACAGCGACCAGGGUGACCCAGGGCCGGGGAGGGGGGGACAGUGGGGAGGGGGGACAGAAGGUGGGGGGAGCAGAGAAGCCCCCCCACUUUUAUUUUGGGUGGGGGGGCGCCAAUAAAGCAAAGUCUAUUUUUGUGUAAGAAAGGAUUUAUAUGAGCUUUAGGCAGACGUCUCUAAUAUAUAUAUAUAUAUAUAUAUAUGUUAUGGGGGGGGCACAGAGCUGUAUGGAGGGGGUGCCCCCCCCAAUCCAAAAAUGUGCAAAUGCCAACAGCCACCA